UCUUGCUCCUGCUUUGAGUUGAUCUGUUUUUCUGCCGUGAGUUGCCUCCGGGCCUUUUUGUUGCAGAUUUGAACAAGGCUUUUGUUGCUUGUCACGCGCCUUAUUCGCUUUCUUGGAGUUCGCCACAUAAUUCUGAGUAUUUUCGUGGCGAGCUUCAUUACUCAUCCUAACCUUGUUCUUGGAAACAUCUGUGGAAUUCUCGGAAAUACCCGUACAAUACGCCGACCCCUGCUGCGCAUGCGCCUGCCUUAUCUCUCAUCACCUCACUUUUCUCGGGUCUGACAUGUGCAUGUGGUUAUCUGAGUGCCGCUUGCUGUGAUCUACGUGGACUUGCUUUUGUCUCGUCUGAUUGGUUGCUGCGUGACGCCGGUGGUGAUUUCUGGUGUCAUUGCGUCGGGUGACACAUGAGAGGAAACAAACGUGUCGAAUCGCGUGCUGUGUGACACGUGGCGGAUCGGUCUAUCGAUAUAUCGAUCACUAUCGAUAUGGAUGGUAUAGCUGAAUACCGGUGCGCAGCGUGUAAAAAGUCCAUUAAAAAUCUUGUCGUGAAGUGUAAAGCGUGUGCUGGUGUUUUUUACCAUCCUGGAUGUGUAACCAAGCACAAGAUUCAAGACGGAAACCGAGAGAUUAUAUCGUGUCCCGGCCCGUUUGAAAAGAUUAUGAUUGAGGACGAAAAAGAAAUGGAGAAAAAUAAAACAAGGACAACGACAGGAAGACCAAUGGGAGCUACAGGAGUUAAUGUGGCGGCAAGUGGUAACGGAUCGGCGAAGGCGACCGGACCAGCGGGGACUGAUGUAAAGAUUGAUCUUCUUAUAAAAACGGUGAAAGAAAUAAAAAAUGAAAUGGUAUGCAAGAAAGAGAUCAGGACAAUAAUAAAGGAAAUAAUACAACAAGAAAUAGGAAUUAUUAAACAGGAAAUGGAAAACUUGAAAAGAAUGAUGAUGGAUGGAACCUGUGGAGCAUCAAGAAAGUAUAGUGAAGCGGUUAAAGAGAAGAAGAAGGAGAAUAUCUUGAUAAUUAAACCGAAAGCGCAACAAGAGAGCAAAGAUACAAAGAAGAUAGUCAAAGAAAAAAUAGAUAUUAAAAACAUGGAAGUUGGAAUCUCAAAAUUAAGAAAGGGAGGGGGAGGAUCGGUUAUUCUCGGAUGCGAAACAGAUGAAGAAAUGAAAACGCUGAAAGAUAAGGUACAAGCGACAAUGGGAGAAGAUUUCAAGGUCAAUGAGCCUCAGUGGAAAAAACCCAAGAUUAAAGUAAUUAAUGUCGGAGAAGAUGAAAUAAAGAUGGAUGAUGAUAAGCUAUUAGAUGCGAUUAAGAGACAGAACAGAAUUGAAGACACAGCAGGAGAAGAUCUUUUUAUGCGGAUAGUAAAGAGAAUGUAUAAAAGAAGAGACAAGAAUAAUGAACGAUCCAAUGGAAAAAGGAGAGAGGAAGAAGGAUCUCUGAUAUUGGAGGUAGAUAAUGGUACACAUGAAGCGAUAAUAAAAAGAGGCAAGUUAAAUAUAGGAUGGAGAAAAUGUAUAGUGUACAACUUCAUCAGCGUCGUAAGAUGUUACAAAUGCUGGGGCUAUUUCCACAUGGCGAAGAACUGCACGAGACAAGAGGCGUGUUUCAAAUGUGCGGGUUAUCACAAGGUGAAUGAAUGUACGGCAGCUAUAAAAAACUGUGUAAACUGUACUUAUAAGAAUAAGACGUAUAACCUGAAAUUGAAUACCGAGCAUGAGGCGAUAGAUUCGGAGUGCCCGACGUUUAAGAAGAUUCUAGAGGAAGAAAAAAGAAGAGCAGGAUGGGAGGACUCAAAAUAG